UCUUGGCCCCGGGAAAAAGCCCUCAUUUUUAGGGCCCCUCGUUGUCUCUCUGAAUUCUCCCGCUUCGUCACGCAAAGAGAUCGAAAUCGGAGACAAACGGGGAGAUCGCCUGCGAUGCCGUCAUUCUCGGCGAUCCCGCCAUCCUCCGGCGACGGGGCAGCGGCGGAGAGGAGGCUCCGGGAGGCGGAAGAGCGGCUCCGGGAGGCGAUCGAGGAGUUGCAGCGGCACCAUGCGAACCGGGAUGGAAGCGACGCGUACCCGGAGUGCGACCAUGCGGAUGAGUCUUGCGUGGCCCAUGCUAUUGGCAACCUCUGCCAGACCUUCCUUCUCUCCUAUGGAGUUAGGGCUGGGAUCGGAAUUCUUCUUCGAGCUUUCAAGCUCGCCCGGCGGCAGUCCUACUCAUCGAUUCUUGAUCUCAAGCAACUUGUUUCGGAGAAGGAUCUUAUAGUGAGAGAAGAAGCAUGCCGUAUUGGUUUGCUAUUUGGUGGCUUCACGGGAUUUUAUCAUGCCAUUAGAUGUUUCUUGAGAAAGUUUCGGAAGAAAGAAACACCAUUAAAUGCAAUUUUAGCAGGUUCAAUAGCUGGCUUGUCCAUAUUAGCUUUAGAUGAUUCAAGUCGAAGGCGUACACUUGCCUUGUAUCUCCUAGCUAGACUGGCUCAGUGUGCUUAUAACUCAGCAAAGUCGAAGAAUAAGUUUCAUCUAUGGGGGAGUCAUUGGAAACAUGGAGAUUCUUUACUCUUUUCAUUGGCAUGUGCACAGGUGAUGUAUGCCUUUGUAAUGCGACCUGAGAGCUUGCCAAAAGCAUAUCAAGAUUUUAUCCAGAAAACUGGACCUGUUGCAGAGCCUGUAUACAAGGCCGUAAGGGACAGCUGCAGAGGUUCUGCUGUGGACAUUGUGUCUCUGUCAGCUUAUCUCUUUAAAACCAAGGGGCCUGGAAUUAUAAAUUUGGUGGAGCAUCCUCCUAUCAUUCCUUGUUCAAUAAUCCAUCCAGGAACGAGUUCGUGUGUUGCACACAAUUCGGUUGCUGCAUCAGAAACAUUUAGGAAAACAUUUCCUUUAUACUUCUCAUUGACUUUUGUGCCCUUUGUAGUUCUCCACCUUCAAAAGUUCUUAGAGUUUCCUGCUCGGACAUGUUGGCGAGCUGUCCAGGGUGCAGUUCGUUCGACAACUUUCUUGUCUGCCUUUGUAGGCAUUUUCCAGGGAUGUAUAUGCUUACACCGUAAAGUGGCAAUCAAAGACCAUAAACUUGUAUAUUGGAUUGCUGGUGCGAUAGCUGCUCUUUCAGUACUACUGGAGAAGAAAGCCAGAAGAGGAGAGUUAGCUCUUUAUGUUCUUCCUCGAGCAGUAGAUUCCUUGUGGUAUAUCUUGGUUAACCGUCAUCUACUCCCAGAUAUUAAAAAUGCUGAGGUGCCUCUCUUUUGCUUAUGCAUGGGAGGAAUCAUGUACUACUUAGAGCAUGAACCAGAUACCAUGGCUCCAUUUCUCAGGGGCCUCAUUCGCAGAUUCCUUGCUAGCAGAAUAACCAAUCCAAGUACAACGUCUAAUCAUCGGAAUUCAUCCUACUCCUAUCUGCACAAUCUUGGCUCUAUCGAAAACCAACCCCUCCAAGAAACAGAAGACAACAACGAAGAUUCUUCACCCUCAACAUCAGUGGAAUACAAUCUUGAAUCAAUCCCCGGACUUUAGCCAUCUAACUUAUUUUCGUGUGGACUGCCUGCUUCUGAUAACUUUUGCAUACUCGCAUUCUAUUUUGUACCAGAAAAAACCUUGCUCCAGUUUUUAGGGGUGCCACUGGUCCAUUUUUGAAACUUCUAAUAAUCAUUUAGGUUGAGCAUGAACUGCUUGCUUGACACAGUUGUUUUACAGGCCAGUUACUAUAAUUAAUUAACAGGAAAUAAUCAUAAACAUGUGUUGCAGCAACUGCAUUGUUUGUAUGUGAAUAUCCAAAGAAAUGUGACAUUAAAUUGCACCAUUUAUUCAUUUUCAGUCUAGUUGUGAUUC